AUGGAGGAGCCCAAGAAAAUAUGUCAUGAGCAAGAAAAAAAUAAAAUGGUUUUAAAAUUAGGCGACGGCGGAGGCAUAGGAGCGGUGGUUUUGUUGGCCGGUGCUUUGGCUACUACCGCCGUGGCAUCAGCCUUUAUUGUCGGAUGGAACAGGUGGAAGUCCGGCGAGAAAAACCAGCACCACCAGUUGAGUCCACCACCAACGGCGGUAUCCCAUCAGUCACUGGGACAUAACAAUCCAAGCACUGAAGCAACAGAUGUGGUUGAGGCAGAGAAUGAUACUGCCCUGUUCGUCUCUACUGAGUGCACAAUACUGGAUGAGAAGCCCAAUCUUGAAAUUAAUGGUGGAAAAGGAGAUGCUGCCUAUAGUGAUGAAGAGACUCUCUGCGGCAAUAUUCCCAAAAAACUGGAAAUCAGUGCCAUUUCUGUUGACAGAUUCUAUGUGCCAAUUUUGGAUGAAAACGUGCUGUUUAAACCCGAGAGCACGAAGAACAACCAAGAUAAGCCCGUUGAUGUUGAAGAUAAACAGGUAGAAGGGGAUCCUGUGGAUGAUGAAAUAAGUGCCGUAAAAUGUGAAGCUGUUGAGACAAUUGAUGCAGAUCAGACUGUGCAAGAAUUGCAACUGAGUGAAGGAAAAACCGACAUGUGUUCUGAUCGAGAAGAAGGUGACGGGGUUCAUAGUAAUGAACUAAUCGAGGAAAAGUACAACCAAGAGACACUGAUGAAUAUCGAACAAAACAAAGUAGGAGGCCAUUGUGAUGAUGGAGAAAUCACUAAGGUGGAUAAAACUGCAGGAGAGAGAGAAUUGGACGAAGAAAAAAAGACCAACAUUUGUGGCACUCAAGAACCUAUUAGUACAGAAUCUUCCAAGGCUGAAUCUAUUGCUUCUGAAAAUUAUGGUGAAGAUGGGCAUAUUUUACAGCCAGCAGUUGAGAAUUUGCUUGUUAUGGAAAAUAGUACCACGAAUGAUGAUAAGAAAGAAUGCCUACAAGUGGAACUGAACGCUGCAGAAGAAAUCUCCUGUAAUGAUGAUGAAGAAACUGUCUGCAUUGACAAUACAACGCCAGCAAACAGUCAAUGUAGGGAUUAUGAUGAGCAUGUGCAUAUGCUUAACGGUUCAUCCCAUUUCACCUCUGAAAUUGUGAUCGCUGAUCACCCGAAAGAAGAGCUUCUUUUCGUUGAAGAAAUUGCAGCUUUGAAAGAGAAAGCAGCAAGUGGAGCAGAUGAUGAAAACCUGGAUGUGAAAGAAGACAAUCCCCUGACGCAGUUUCUUGAUUAUCAGCAAAAAGAGUAUGAAAGUGAUUCUGAGGAAAAUGAUGGAGAGGAAAUUGAGGUGGCGUUUGAGACUACUGGGGGUGAAGAUGAAGAGAAGGUCGAUGAUAUUGAAGAUGAAAGCAACAACAUGGCUGUAGAAGAUUUUGCUGAUAAGCUAGACGAGAACUUGGAAGGGAUAGGAAACUUCUCUGCAGAAUCAAAUGUGAACUUUAAAGGAAUGAACCUCGAUUGUCAAGAAAUGGAAGGAAAGAUUGAAGAAGAUAAAGCAGCUAGAGAAGGAAAAUAUAAUUUGCACGAAUACAAUAUCCAUCGUAGCACUGAAAAUUCGUCCAUUGACAAGUACGUAGUGGAGCUUGGAACACAGAACAAUCCGAUGAGAAAAAGAAUACUGAUAGGGACAUUUUCAGUCGUGUCGUGGAUCUCAUGCUCCUGGUUCUUUGGCUUAUCGUUUGUCAAGCUUAGUCUAAUUGUGUUCUUAACCAUGGUUCUCUCAAAGAUCCCAGGCUACUGA